AUGGCGACAUUACAACACUCUGCUUCGAUGACGCCGUCGCGCAACAGCAACAAGGGCCUUGCUUCACCCGACACAACGCCUUGCACAUCACAGGCGCCUGUCGUCACCCCACGCAAAAGACGUCCGCAGCGCAUCUACCGACCAGACAAGAACUCUCUCUACGACAUCUUCCAACAGCACUCGGGCGAAACCCUUUUCGUGCGUCCUAUUUGCUGGACCGAUCAGCACGCUCAUCUUCUCGGCGCGCGAUGGGAGGAACAACCUCCUUGCGACACCCCUCAACCUGCGGCAGCCCCAGGCACGCCGCCAUCGCGAGGUCAUCUCAGCCCAUCGAAUACCAUCAUGACUCUCAGCAACGCGCUUACGCAGAUUCUUUUGCCCGAUUCGAUGCAUCCCAUCAUCGCCUCUAAUGCUGUCAAGACGGUUUUGACGACAAUGUGGCCCAACGCCUUUGGCAAGACGCAUUUUCUACCCGAACUUCAUCUGUACUUUGGUGGCCGCGUUUAUCGUGAUUCUGUGCGUGCGCAAAUACUCUGGAAUUACCCUACCGACGAGGCAAAGUCUUCAUACUCGUCCUUCAAAUCAGUCUCAACGCGACCUGCCGAGUCCUUCAACAUCUCAACACAGUCAUCGCCCAAUCAGAGCUUCCCCAACAUGCCCAUGAUCUGCUACAUUGGUAAGACCCAACUGGCGUCAGUGCGAACCAACCUUUUCCGUAUCGCAUCUGGUCCAAAAAGGACAUGGAACGAGCCCGUGUUUCGCCUUCAACAACUCCGAGCUCGCAUGCUUGUCCCUUCAAAUUCGGAUCACGAUGCGCAUUUUGUUGGUGUCUUUUUGGGAAUGGCGCAAAAGUAUUUUUACACUUCCCCACCUCCUUCUGGCAGACGCGACUCACGCAUGGCUCCGGGACAAGGCAUCCCUCCAUGUCCCAACUUCCACAACCUCAAGUUGAAGAUCCUCACCCACGACACAGAGACGGCUGAGUUCAUUGUGCACACUGGUUACAUAACCAAGGAAUUUUUGGAAAAGUUUCACGAUCCUUUCAAGGCCCCGCCCAACGACGACGAUGCUGUUGUUUCGGGCAUCAAGAUUGAAUACACAAGAGUACCCAUCUGGCCAAUUCUAGGUCUACGAGAGCGACUUGGCAAGGCUCUGGGCCAGGAGAUCGUUGGUCCUUUCAACCCAGAUGAGAUAGAGACUUGGGAGAAAGAUCCCGAGAGACCUGGCGGCGAAAAGCGCAAGCGAGAAGUCUAUGUCAACAGUAGCUUCGACGACGAAGAAACAACGGAGGAAGCGUCCCCAAAGAAGCAAUGUCUGAAGGGAGGCAAACCGAUGGGUUUGGUGAUAUGA